AUGGAAGAGGAAAAAUCUUCAGUCCAACCUGAGCGUCAGGUCUUUCUAAGAGAGGGAACUCUUGUCCUCCGUUGGUUAUUCGGGUACUAUGCUAAACGACGAUUGCCUGACGGAGCCACACGCCCACGCUGGCCACAUACGUUAUCUACCUGGACACCCCGGAAGCCAAAGACGAAGUUUAGAGAGGCGACUUUGGUAAGCAUCGAUAUCGACGAGCUGAAGGAGCAAAACGGGUUUCCGGUUCAAUUUCACAUUGGCAUUUCAAUCAUGCCGACUCAGGAUCUGCACGACCAGUGCCACUUGGCUUCAUUGCAUGAACAGUCCACACCAUAUCGUAUACAGUCCUACCACUGGGCUGUUGAGAAUACUGAUCAUUACUCAACCCACGAUAACCUUUUCUGCUCUAGAAAACGAGGACAUCGUGAAGUAACCAUACUCAAGAAGCUUGACAUUGAUCUUAACCCAAUCUUCACAAUUGAUACGACAAAAGCUGCUCGCUAUCCACUCCAGGCUUUCUGCGACUAUACGCUGAAGAAACUUCUCCAAGACUUUGGCAUCCCUUUCACCAACAAACAGCUCCAUGUUGCAGGGAACGACGCACUCUUUACGCUCCGAGUCCUCCUUAUGAUUGCCGUGACCGACGUACGACGGGAGUUGGGCGAGGUUCCAACUUGGGUGCCGGUGUUCGAGGCCAUUGCCCGGGCCCCGCUACCGCCUAUGCCACUCAAACAUGCAGGAAAGGCGGCGAUUAUGAAAAGAAAUAAACUGGCUGCCAUCAAACAAGAGAACAUGUCAUUACCCAAUGGAUCCGACCGCCCUGAGCAAUCCAGCAGCGACACAAGACAUGUCUGA